UAAUCUCUUACAAUAUGCCUGGCGACAAGAAAGCAAAAGAAUCAAAUGUUAAAUACUCCCCUACGUCUAUCCCAACUGCUGUCUUCAUCGGAGGAACGUCUGGCAUCGGUAGGGCCAUGGUCGAACUCUUUGGUGCACAAACCAAAGGGCGAGCCAACAUUCUAAUCCUAGGUCGCAACAAGGCAGCUGCACAUGAAAUUCUGGCCAAUAUACCUGCGCCUCCUGCACCAUCCGAAGCGAACGGCGUCAUUAUCAAGCACGAGUUUAUCUCAUGCGACGCCUCCCUCAUGAAGAAUAUUCCCGUCGCAGCAAAAGAAAUCGCUGGUAAAGUGGACAAGAUCAACUACCUCGUAUGUAGUUUUGGUGUCAACUUGUUUUCUCGCAAAGAAACGGAGGAGGGACUGGAUAUUUCCAUGGCCUUGCGCUUUUAUGGGAGAUUCAAAUUCUUCCAUGAGCUAUUACCACUCGUCCAAAAGGCAAAGGAUGCUGGAGAAGACAGCGGUUGGGAUAUAUUUGACAAGGUAUCGAAGAUAGUGUUAGCCCAACCUCGUGGGGUGUUAAGGGCUUAUAUAUGGAUCCAAAGGUCCAAUGAUAGGAAUGGGCGGAUGGAAUAUAAGCGCUGCGCAGGUGAAAACGCAUCUGAUGCCUUAGGCAUGGAGGAGUUGGUGGAGAAGAGAUACCUCGGCGGCCAUACCCUUCCUCCUGGACGCACCCACUCGUCGAUUUCUGUUGAUCACCUGUGA